UCGCGUUGCGAUGACUCUUCGAUUUAUACUCGAUUUAUCUCUCUAAAUCAAUAACCAGACACUAAAAUACCUCAAGAUGAGAGUUACUUUUAUGCUUGAUGAACAGAUCGUCCCUUUGGAAGUGUCUGAAGACAUGGAAAUACGAGAUAUCAAGGCUUUGUGUAUCUCUUUGUUGGACUUGGAACACGUUCCUUCCUCAGACCUUUCACUGAUUUGGCAUGGCCAAGUUCUUAGUAAUCUCACCAACACGUUGAAAAGUUAUGGUGUAGCGGACGAUGAUCUCAUACUGAUAGAAAAAGCUAAUGCAAUGCAGCAGUCACCGUCGGUUCGAAGACCACCACCACCACAACAGUCCCAAGGUGCUGGAAGAGCAAACAUGAUCGACUUCUCCCAGAUCAGGAUUCCGGGGAGUUCUCAAUCUCAGGCAACCUCCUCCCCCAGACCACCAGUGGCACCACAAGCACAACAACCAACAGUAGAGGAAGAUAUGCCGGAUGAUCCAGCGACAAUUUUCAACAUUCUCAGGGACAGGCCUGAUCAAAGGGCUGUUCUCAAAGUGAGGAAUCCUCCACUUUCUGAAGCAUUGGAGGCAAAUGACCUUGUAAAAUUUACCGCGGAAUUGAACAAACAAAGAAAGGAAAAAACUGAUCGGGAACUGGCGAGAAUAGCCUUGAUUAACUCUGAUCCUUUUGAUAUGGAAGCUCAGAGAAAGAUUGCAGAAGAAAUCAGGUUAAAAAAUGUUGAAAGUAACAUGGAAACGGCUAUGGAAUAUUCACCAGAGAGCUUUGGCCAGGUUGUGAUGUUGUACAUAGAUUGUAUGGUCAAUGGUCAUUAUGUGAAAGCAUUUGUCGAUUCAGGAGCACAGAUGACAAUCAUGAGUCAAGCCUGUGCUGAGCGGUGUGGCAUAAUGAGGUUGGUCGAUGUACGCUGGGCUGGUAUCGCAAAGGGAGUUGGCGUGCAAAAAAUUAUUGGACGAGUGCAUUUAGGUCAGAUAAAAAUAGGUGAUGACUUCUUGCAGUCGUCCUUCUCCAUUCUUGAAGAACAACCAAUGGACAUGCUGCUAGGACUGGACAUGCUCAAACGACACCAGUGUUGUAUAGACCUAAAACGAAAUGUAUUAACCAUCGGAACGACUGGGACCGAGACACCAUUCUUACCAGAAUCUGAUCUUCCCGAACAUGCGCGUCUCAAUCGCACAUCCUCAGUCACAGAUAUGGAGGAUAACGAUCGCAUGUUGGCUGAAGCUUUGGCAAAGUCCUCAGAGGAAGCUAGCGCAGGUCGGGCCAGUGGUAGUGCGGCUGGUAGAAGUGGCCAAAGCUCAUCGACCGGCUCAAGUGCUACACCGCAAUACCCUGAAGCAGACAUUCAAAAAAUUGUGAGUCGUGGGUUUUCUCGGCAGCAGGCCUUAGCCGAACUCCGUCAUGCUAGUGGUGACCUGAACAAGGCCUUAAUUGCCCUCAUUACGAAAUCUAUAGGAAAGAGAACGUAAAGCUGUCAUGUGUGGAUAUUUAUAACCAGAAGUGGAACUUGUACUGUGUGUUUUGUGAAAGAUUGUCAAUAAAUCCUGAAUUUUAAUGGUAAAUUGACUUAUGUUAUUGGUAACUCUCCCAUUAUGAAAUCUAUAGAAAACAGAAAUUAAUUAAAGAAGCUGUCUCCGGUGGAUAUUUUUAACCAGAAUUGGAACUUAUACUGUGUGUUUUGUGAAAGGUUGUCAAUUUAUCCUGGAUUUUAAUGUUGAAUUGACUCAUCAUUGGUAACACUUAUCAGUCUAAAGUCCUGACAUCUGGGCUCGUUUCAUCUGUUAUUACAAGAAAAUCGUCAGGUGAAGAAUGAGGCUAUGCAGAUGCUUCCAGUGCAUGCAUAGUCGUAAAUUUUACAGGCCCCAGUUUAAGUAAGCCAAAAUAUUCCUCUGACAGGGCCAUCUGAGGCUUAUGAAUGAGUGACACAGUUACCUCAGUAUCAUCAUCAAUUAAAUAUUUUGUGAGUUCAGAUCUAUUUUAUGUGGAAACGAGUGUAUUUACAUGGGAAAGUUCUGUCUCUUGUUUUGUACCGGGAUUAUUCCAAAUGAACCACCAUUGCGACAGGCUUCAGGCUUUCCAGUCUGACGAACACCUUCAUACAAUGUACCUUGUAAUUUCAGUUUCCAAAAACUGAGGCCCAUUUCUCAUAUGGCUAUCUCAAAGUCAAACAGGAAGUGACAUAUUUUGGGCUUCCAGACAUUACCUCAUUGGAUUCAGAAACAGAAUUCAUAAUUUUUGAGGUGCAUUAGCAGAUAAUGCUUCAACAAAAAAAGAUUUUUUGAAUUUGAAACAAUUUUUAUGCUUAUUUGGGUAGGUGUGGCACUCUCUUGCACCUUUGAACAUUGUAAGAAUCAUGCAAUUGAAAAGCCUGAGUUUAAAAACAUUUUAAUAAUGUUCUUCCUCCUCUUGGAUAGAUUUCUGAAACGAAUCUGGCUUACUACUGAAAACCUUGUGAUUGCUGAGCACGAUAUUUUUUAUUUCACUCAAAAUACAAUGAUUGCUAUCAAUCAUGUCAUUUAUUUAUUGAAUGCUGCUCAGAAUGACAAUAAUGUCUGUUUUUAAUUAAACACUUCUCAGAAUGAUUUCGUUGUCAGAGUGCUUUGUCAAGUUUGGCGUAAGCCAUCUUGACCACAAAGGUUUUCGCAUCUUGUCAAGAUAUACCCCAGCUAUGUCUAGAGGGAGUAUGAACCAUGAGGUUCAGGAUGGGUGUAAGCUUGACUCUGUAGAUAUGGGAAUAUCAUUUAAAUUUUUGUAUCCAACUGUCUCUCCCUGUUGUAAUUAAUGUUCAGUUCAGUUCAUUUCAAAUGUUUUGCCAAAUACGUGAUGUCUCAAGGAAGUUGCAGCUACAGUGUAGAUCUGUUGAUCACUUUGAUUGGAUGUGCUCCAUGAGAGAUCCAGUAAGCUCUUGAAUAUUUGCUUGUCUUAUUUUUGUGCAUUUAUUUUAAAGACGGUUGAAUGCUUGCGUGCGCUCCAUGAAUUUGUGUUGUAUGAAUGACAUCACACACCUCCAGGUUGUGCGGAGGGUCUGCAUUGAGUGACAUACUGAAAAUCCCUAAAUAUUCCCUUGCCAUAUUUUUUCGUUUUUAAAGAAAUUCCGCUUAAAGAUAUGGGUGCAAAAAAGAAACUAUAGUUGUAAUAACUAAUGAAGGAUUGUCGUGACAUAGAAUUUGAGGUGUGCAAAGUUUUAGUUUAACAAAACACGAAACAAAAAUGACUAUGUAUAUUACUGGGUACAAGUGCAGCACUCUUCAGGAAAAAUGGGAUAUCAUUAUUAAAGCAUCAUGGCAUAAAUGGCAAUGCUACGCACAAUAUGUAUUCUGGCAUUAGUGGAAUCAGGGCCUUAGUGGAAUCAGGUUUUGAAUAAUGAUGUUUUUCAGCAUGUGACUGUCUCUGGUAAUUGGUUUUCCUACUUGUAGGCCUGGUUUAGGUUUGCUGUUGUUUUGCUCAGUCUUCGUUUAGAAAUGUCUGCAAGUUUGUUGUCACUCGUACGUUAUCAACACUACUGUGAAUCUCUUUAUGUUUGCAAGCUUCAAGCUGUCCAGUGUACAUUGUAUUUUCAAUAGAGGAUGAGCAGUGAUGUCAUUUUGACAUCCAUUUAGACAUCCGUUUGUGACCUUUACCCUGCGGACGUCAACGAUUAGCGUCUUGGUGGGCUGCCGUCGGCAAAGUCCGCCUUGGGAUUCAAUGUUGCUACUUGUGUUUUUUUGUGAUGGUGUCUUCUGCAUGGCCGAUUUAGCAUUAAACAUGUACAGUAGAAUCUCUCUAUUACCGACACACUAGACUGACAAGUGUUGUCCGUUAUAGAGAGGUGCCCUGAGUGGUCGAAUUUGAAUGUCACGGUUAGAAUAUCUACUGUAACUUCCAUUAUCGAAAUGAAUGAAGGAGUCGAAAAAUUGUAAAUUUUCUAAAUGAAGUUUGAGAUGAGGUAUGAGUCUUAUUUUCCUUGCUCUGAUUCAGCAUUAAAAUUCUAUAAUCUUUUACGAAAAA